AUGAGCUCUGGAGAUAACAAUGAGAAAUUAAUCAAAGCAGCUGAAAUUGCUGAAGCCAAAAUUACUGGCAAAGAAACCCCAGCUGAUGAUCCACAUAAGAAGGCCGAUGCAGAAAACAAGGGCCAUCUUUCCGGUGAUCAAACAACGUGCGCGGAAACUCCUGUAGCUACAGUUGGUGCUACACCGGAAACUGCCACAUAA